GUAGCGCGGGGAUUAAAAAAGUAACACACGUAGUCUAUGGUGUGACUACUCUGUGGUUGCAACGUCACGAUGUCGCCCAAUGAGAGCGCGUGAACGACCACCUCUCCCGACCGCCGCAACCUCGCGCGCCAGCGCAGCCAUUGCGAGCGGUGAGAGAGAGAGCGCCCCGACCACCGACGCGUACGGACGUGUCGAGAAAUCCUCCGCGGCUCUAUAUCACGCCAUCAUUGAUUCUAGAACUCCUUUCGAUUCGACGCCAUUUUGUGAAUCAAGUUUUGUAUUAAGUUUUUGUCUCGUGUUCGGAACAUUAUGUAAAAUUAGUAAUAAAAGUGAUUGACUGUAAAGUGCCGCUUUAUUUACACCACCACUGAGUUUGGAAGUUGCCUAUUAAACUGGCUCCCAACUUAGUCUGUUAUUACACUGGCGCCCAACUAGUAGGCCGAACCGUUACGACCGUUACAUAAGCGUGAAGAUGCCGACAACGAGGAGAGGGGAAGCCCUCCGUCAACAACAGGGAGAUGAAGGGAACGUCACUCUCACUGAAGAGGAGAUCGUCGCCGAGCGCGGCCACGCGGACGUAGCCGCGAGCGCCGGCUCGAGGCCGACAGAACCUGCUCCCCAUUUCACCCAAGAGUUUCUAUCCACGCUGAUCGAAACGAUUACGCGUGCGCAGGUGGAGGCUAACAGAAGUCUCGUUAACACGCUGAUGGGAUCCGGCGGCGACUUCAGAGCUUCCACCCCAGUCGGGCCUCCUCCAUUUUCCAACGCGACCGGCGGUGGUACCGCCGUCGCAGCGCCGCCGUGCAGCGAGGCUAACUUCGUGAAGUGCACGGCGAGAUUCGACGGGACCUCCCCGGACGCUGAGGUCCUGGAAGCAUUCCUGGACGCCGUCGAGAUCUACAAGGAGUGCGCAGCAGUGAGCGACGAACACGCCCUGCGUGGGCUACCCAUGCUCCUGGAGGGCGAAGCCGCCGUGUGGUGGCGCGGCGUAAAAGCGUCGGUGACAACAUGGGCGGACGCGACCGCGCGCCUCCGUGCGACCUAUGGCGUCGCGCAGCCCGCGCACCUCAUCCUGCGCGAGAUCUUCGCGAGGGAACAGCAGGAAGAACGUGCGGAGACAUUUAUAUGUGAAGUGCGCGCGUUAAUCGCUAGGUUGCCUUACACUCUAGAUCAGACGUUGCAAACAGACAUUUGUUACGGCUUAUUACAUAGACGCGUAGUGAAACGUGUGCCGCGAGAUAGUGUUCGUGGGUUAGACGACCUAUUAUAUAAGGCUAGGAUCGCGGAGGAUACCUACAAAGCGUCUAAAGUAAAUUCCGAAAAUGUGCGUAAUAAUAAUUCGACCGAAAUAUCGGUGGCACUUACUACCGACCGUGUCCUCAUGCAAUCGAGUUCCGCGACCACGGGCGCGACUUCGUCUCGUUGCAACAACAGAAUUAGACCGCGUUGUAGUUUUUGUAGGCUUUUUGGGCAUGUUAGCGACGAGUGUCGUAAUCGCGAGAAGGCUAAUAGCAAAAAUAAUAACACAACGAAGGAGGUACGUUGUUAUGGGUGUGGCAAGCAGGGAGUCGUGAGGUCGAAAUGUGACAUUUGCGCAAAGCCGACGUCGAAGUCCGAAGGCAAAACAUCUUUUAACAAUGUUGAUGUAGAUUUUUGUCCGUAUAAUUCCGACGUUGAGGAUAACAAUCUUGAUAUUGAUUCAUGUGUAAGCAUUACGAGUGCAUAUCUAAGUACGCGCGACGAUCACCCGAUGGUGAACAUUAGUAUCGCGGGCCGUAGGGGCGUGGCCGUUGUAGAUACCGGCGCCACGCAUAGCAUAGCGAGCCCGCUCUUACACCGAAUAUUAGUUAACUCGGGAGUUCGAUUUACCGAAACGAGACGUUUCGUGCGCCUAGCCGACGGCACACAAGGAUGGAGGAACUUGCUCUCAGCCGAGACUGAUGUUAUAAUUGUAGGCCGUCGAGUAAGAUGCCAGUUCCUAGUGUUGCCUGGUAGGAAUGUUAGGACUCUGUUAGGUGUAGAUUUCUUGACUCGGGCCGGCAUGGUUAUAGACGUCGCCCGACGUACAUGGUCGUUCUCGGACAGGCCGGAACGACGUUAUAAUUUCGUUUACACCUUAGGUUCGAGCAAUAGUGUCGACGCCGGCCUAUUGCACACCGCUUCUGCCGAUGACCCAGCACCGCGACCGCGUGAAGGUAAGUUUACCCCCGCGCGGCGGCGUACACCUAGUGCGUGCAUCGUAGAUCGUUCGCCGCGAGCCGCGCGCGAUGUACCUGUGUCGAAGGGCGCUGCGCCUGUGGCUGCGCGUCGUCGUAAUAAGGUGAGUGCACGUCGAAAAGGAGGGAUCAAGGUCGAUGCAGACAAGGCUGCGAGGGUCGCCAACCUGGCUGCACCGCGGGACGUCAAACAACUAGAGUGUUUCUUGCGCAUGUCAGGUAAGUAUCGACGCUUUAUCAGAAAUUAUGCAGGAAUCGCGAGACCCCUCACGAACCUUUUGAAGAAAACGAAUGCCUGGCAAUGGGGCAUCGAACAACAGGAGGCAUAUGAGCGCAUUAAGUCUCUGCUCGUUUCCGCUCCUAUUCUCCGCCAGGCGGACGCGUCAAAGCCAUAUAUCCUUUGCAUUGAUAGCAGCGCCUAUUGUCUAGGGGCUGUUCUCAUGCAGGGGGAGGGCCAUGACGAACAGCCAGUUGAGUACGCAAGUCGACUCCUCACUAGUACCGAGAGGAACUACUCUACGACUGAGCGAGAGGCUCUCGCCGUCGUAUGGGCACUCGGUAAGUUCCGCGGGUAUGUGAAAACCGCGAAGGUCACUGUUAGGACUGACUACCAGCCCUUAGGGUGGCUGAUGGGUCAGAGGUCACCUAGCGGUAGACUGGCCAGAUGGGCCCCAAUGUUGCGAGAGUUCGAUCUCAGCAUUGAGUACACACCCCGUCGCUCACAGGUAGUUGCAGGUACCAUUUCGCGACCCGUAAGUGCAGGCGACCAGGACGAGUGUGAAUUACGCAUGAUCAGUAUCGAUAGGCCAGAGAGAAGCAGCAGUGUUCGCAGCAGUCAGCCGAUGGACCCCAGAGGUACGUAUUCGUAUUGAGGACAUGGAGUCCGACGAACCCUCUAGGGGGAGACCCCGGUCUGACCGCUGAUACGAGUACACCUUCUCUGACAAUACUAGGCAGAUUACUCUCUUAUAGGUAUGUAGGUUAGGUAAAGUUCUUAGCUCAACAACUCACGGUCCGGAGAGCGUACGGACUCGGGCGAACGUAGGGCAGUAUCACGUUUCGCACCUCACGCCUUCCGCAGGCCAAGUAGAGAUUCUCGUUCGCGACGAACGCGAUUGUGGCAGAUUGCGCUAUUAAUCUAGACUAGCCCAACAGUGAGGGCACUUUGUUAGGCUAGAGGGGGAGGAUGUAGCGCGGGGAUUAAAAAAGUAACACACGUAGUCUAUGGUGUGACUACUCUGUGGUUGCAACGUCACGAUGUCGCCCAAUGAGAGCGCGUGAACGACCACCUCUCCCGACCGCCGCAACCUCGCGCGCCAGCGCAGCCAUUGCGAGCGGUGAGAGAGAGAGCGCCCCGACCACCGACGCGUACGGACGUGUCGAGAAAUCCUCCGCGGCUCUAUAUCACGCCAUCAUUGAUUCUAGAACUUCUUUCGAUUCGACGCCAUUUUGUGAAUCAAGUUUUGUAUUAAGUUUUUGUCUCGUGUUCGGAACAUUAUGUAAAAUUAGUAAUAAAAGUGAUUGACUGUAAAGUGCCGCUUUAUUUACACCACCACUGAGUUUGGAAGUUGCCUAUUAAACUGGCUCCCAACUAAGUGUCUAUUACAACAUUCAUUUUAAGGCUUCCAUAUUUAAAUUACACAUAAAUCAUUGACCGUUAAUUUCCAUGGCUAGCUAAAUAAAUCAGAUGCCAAUGAAAUGUUUAAAAAAAGAAUUUCAAACAACCAGUAACAAUAAUGAAUAAUUAUUAUUACCAAAUGUCAACAGCGCUAUUACAAAACAAAAGCGCGCCUGUUUAGCGGGUUUCCUUUACGAUUAAACUCAUAAUACAAACCGACUGUUCCAUUAACUUCACUAAUUUGUUAAUUACUUGCCUUACAAUUAUAUCAAAACUUGUACAAGUUUCCUUUAUUCACUCGACAAACAUUGUUCAACAAACCACCGUGUACAAAUUUAAACCUUCCAUCCCAUAACUUAAAGUUUAAAAUCAAUAGCUCAAAGUCCACGUGUGAGUUAAUAAGGAAAAUUCAGAGUUAUAUGAAAGUGCUGUAAACCACAAGAAUCCUGUUUAAAUGCUGUCAAAAGUAAGAAAGUUUUGUGUUAAUGGAAUUUGAACUCUGGAAGAUGGUGUUAAGGUCUUUAUUUUAUGGUGAUAGGAGACAGAAGGGAUUUAAUAUUUAAUGUUUAAGUAUGUGGUGUGGCACAUAUUAACACUAGGCUUUGAACUUCUAAUUAAUUGUAAACGUGGGUGUUGUUUUACAUAAUUAUUGUACUGGAUAAAAUGAUUGCGUUCCAAUUCUUGCCACAACGUUAAUCUCACGGAAAUAUUAUUAGGGUUCA